AUGGGGAAGGCGGGGCGCUGGCUCCGGAGCUUCCUGUCGGGCAAGAAGGACAGGCCGCCGCAGCAGGCCGUGGAUCCGCCGGCGGCCCCCAAGGACAAGCGGUGGAGCUUCAGGCGCCCCCCGACGCCGCAGGAAGGUAGGGCCGCCGAGGCGGCGGGGCGCGGCGGGCCGCCGGACCAGGACCAGCACCAGGGGCCACUUGGUUUCCCGGCGCCGGGCGUCGAGUUCGACCAGAAAAGGCACGCCGUGGCGGUGGCGGUGGCCGCGGCGCACGCCGCCGCCGCCGUGGCGCGCCUGUCGUCCCGCGGGGCGCCGCGCAUGGCACUGCCGCCGUGCCUCGUCGAGGACGCCGCCGCCGUCAGGAUCCAGGCCACCUUCAGAGGCUAUCUGGCGCGGACGGCUCUGUGCGCGUUGAGGGGCAUCGUGAAGCUGCAAGCUCUGGUGCGGGGGCAGCUGGUGAGGAAGCAGGCCAACGCCACGCUCCGCUGCAUGCAGGCGCUCCUCGCGGCGCAGUCCCACCUGCGGGCGCAGCGCAUGCUCGCCCUCCAGCACCAUGACCACCACCACCCGACGCCGCCCAGGCCACGGCAGUCGCCGCAGCACCCGAGGCACCGCCGCUCCUACGAGAUGGACAGGUCGUGCGAGGAGAACGCCAAGAUCGUGGAGGUGGACGUCGGCGAGCAGCCGGUGCGGCGGAGCGCGGGGAAGGACAGGCAGCUCUUCGCCGCCGACCACCACGCCGGCCGGUCCUCCCCUGCGCCGUCGGCGGUGACGGGGCUGAUGAGCCCGCAGGCGUACAGCGGCCACUUCGACGAGCUCUCGGUGGCCACGGCGCGGAGCAGCCCGCGGCAUCAGGCGUCGGAGGCGUGCCCGGGCUACAUGGCCAACACGGAGUCGUUCCGCGCCAAGGCGCGGUCCCAGAGCGCGCCCCGCCAGCGCACCGACGCGCUGGAGCGGCUGCCCAGUCGGAGGAAAGGGACGCCGCCCAGGGCCGCCAAGAUGGAGCGCUCGUCGUCGCUGGCCGGCGCGGCGCCGCGCGGGGCCGGCCACUACUCGUCCCCGUGGUCAUCGGGCGCCAGGCUCGACGUCUCCACCGCGUCGCUCAAGGACAGCGAGUGCGGCUCCACCAGCUCCGUGCUCACCGCCGCCACCGUCUACAGCCGGACGCGGUCGCUCGUCGGCUUUGAGGUGUGA